AUGGCAAUGUCGGAUGAAGAGUUAUUUGUUGGUGAUGAAAAUGAUAGUAAUUCGAAGACUCCCGCACAUGAAGCAGAUCCACACGAUGCAGCGAUGCAGCAGCAGGGAGAAGUACUACCUAAUCCUCCUAGUAACAAUGCUUCGGAAGCUUCAUCAUCCGGCGCUUUCCUUACAAAUAAUCGAUUUGCUAUCCCUGACAUACGAAGACUUUGGGUUUUGGAAUGUCAGGAUUGCCCUGCACUCAGUAUUUUUGCUCGAGGUAAUGAACGCAUUCCUGGUAUAUGUAUUUCAAGACUUCAUACCCCGAAAAUUUCUUCAUAUUUGCGUGCACAACUAUCAACUACGAGAAAACGGAAUCAUUUGCGAUUGCAGAAUUCAAACUUAAAUGUUGCUGGUUCGAGUUCGAUUUCAAGUGCAAACCCCGGACAAAGUGGUACAAAUAUCAUUCCUCAGAAACGUUUGUUUUCACCGAAUAAUUCAGCUUGUACGGGAGUUACCCAUCGUCCAUCAGUCGAUCUUUCUGCUUGUGGUUCUGAAUUUGCACGUUCUUCGGAUGAUGCUAUACGGCAUGACUCGAAAACCGAAGGUUCAAUAAAGCUUAAUAUAUCGAAUAUGGGAGCACUGAGACAAAAAGUAACAACAUCAUUCCAUACAAUUGCGAACCUACCAUGGCGUUUGGCAGCUAAGACGGAAUGUACAAAACGAACCAGCAAUGUAAAAUUCUUUAGUGUAUACAUAGAUUGCAACCCGGAAAGUGAAUCAACUUUGUGGAGUUGUGAUGCCAUCGUUGAGUUCCGAUUGAUUUCCCAAAAAGCUGACACUCCUAAUUUUAGUCGUCAGUUCACAAAUAAGUUUAAUUAUAAUUCAAAUAACUGGGGCUUUCCAUCAUUUAUGGAGUGGAGCGAAAUAUUAAAUGUCGAUAAAGGUUUUAUCCGUGGUGAUCGUGUUGUUGUUGAAGCGCAUAUUACUGUACAGAAAGUUGUUGGUGUGAGGAAAAAUCCGACAUUUGAUUUCACUAUACCACAGCCACAUACAUCAGAUGGUGUACUUGUCAUUGAUGGUAUUCGUUUGCAUGUUAGCAAAGCGUAUUUGGCAUUGUAUUCACCUGUUUUCCAUGCUAUGUUUUUCUCGAAGUUUAGUGAAAGAGAUAAAAAAGAAAUCACUGUUGAGGAUGUAAUUCUGGAUGAAUUCAUUGAAUUACUAAGUGUUGUAUAUCCCUCUCAUAAACCAGUAUCAGCUGAAAAUGUAGAAUUUUUAUUGGAACUUGGUGAUAAAUUCGAAAUCCAAUUCGUGAUUGAUGAAUGUGAAAGAUUUCUGAUGCGAUCCGAUGAUAUUGCCGUGGUUACGAAGCUUGUUUGGGCUGACCAGUACUGUCUUGCCAAAUUACAGGAUGUUUGUGUGCGAACCUUCAAACAGCCAGCUGAUAUAAAAGCCCUCAAACAGACAGAAGAAUACAAAAAUUUGAGUGAUACAACGAAAGCUGCUCUGCUGGAGAAAAUUUUCAAACUGCUGUAA